AUGGGACAAGAAGAGCCACCACGACCCCAAUGGGACAACAAGAUUCAGUACUUGUUAACAUCCAUCGGGUUUGCAGUGGGACUUGGAAAUAUUUGGCGUUUUCCCUACUUAUGUCAAAUCUAUGGAGGAGGCGCAUUCCUCAUUCCCUACCUGAUAGCUCUGGUGUUCGAGGGUCUCCCCUUGCUCCACCUGGAGAUGGCCGUGGGACAGAGGUUUCGCAAGGGUAGCAUUGGAGUCUGGAACUCUAUCUCUCCAUAUCUUGGAGGAGUUGGCAUCGCUUCCCUGGUGGUGUCCUUUCUGGUGGGAAUGUUCUACAACACCAUCUUGGCUUGGGUCCUUUGGUACUUCUUCAACUCAUUCCAGGAACCCUUGCCAUGGAGUCAAUGUCCCAUCAAUGAAAACUUUACAGAAUACAACUUGGAAUGCAAGAAGAGCACACCAGUCAAUUACUUCUGGUACCGUGAGACCCUGAACAUCACCUCCGAUAUUGAAAUCAGUGGCUCCCUGCAGUGGAAAAUGGUCAUCUGCUUAGCUAGUGCCUGGACAGUGGUCUACAUUUGUUUUAUCAAAGGAAUUAACUCAAUGGGAAAGGCUGUAUACGUGACUGCCACCUUCCCUUACUUGGUGCUAACCAUUUUCCUGGUGCGGGCCCUGACUCUGCCGGGGGCGACAGAUGGACUGGUGUAUCUUUUCACCCCCAAAUGGGAUGUACUGAUGAACCCGCAGGUUUGGCUGGAUGCUGCCACGCAGAUCUUCUUUUCUCUCUCCGUGGCCUUUGGUGGACUGAUUGCAUUUGCUAGUUACAGUGAGGAAAAAAACGACUGUGAGAGGGAUGCGGUCGUCGUCGGGAUAAUCAACAGUGCCACAUCUCUUUAUGCCUCCAUCUCUAUUUUCUCCAUCCUGGGGUUUAAAGCAAACAACGCCCUCAAUGCGUGCCUGGAUGAGAACAUCAUAGCUUUGACUAAUCACUUUGAGUGGCCUGACCAGAACAUCACAGUGGAGAACUAUAACUACUGGGAGAAGUAUUUAAAUCAGACAUGGCCUGAAGAAUUCGCCAACGUACCGCUGAAAGAAUGUGACCUGAAUGAUUUCCUUGACCAGAGCGCUUCAGGAACCGGCCUGGCCUUCAUUGUGUUUACUGAAGCAGUGCUGUCGAUGCCAGGCUCCCAGGUGUGGGCCAUUCUGUUCUUCGUGAUGCUCUUCAGCUUGGGACUCUCCUCCAUGUUUGGAAACUUGGAAGGAGUUCUCACUCCCAUAAAUGACCUCAAUUUGGUGCCAAAGUGGCUCCCUAACGAAGCAUUGACAGGAUUGAUCUGCUUAUUUACCUUUGCCAUCUCUCUCAUCUUCACCCUGGGAUCUGGGAACUACUGGGUGGAGGUCUUCAAUGGCUACGUGGGCUCCGUACCUCUGCUCAUUAUCGCCUUCUUUGAGAUCUUUGGAGUCAUUUAUGUGUAUGGAAUGAAAAAUUUCAGCGAAGACAUCUACUACAUGACUGGAAGGAGGCCCAAUAUCUACUGGAAGGUGUGCUGGAUGGUGAUCAGCCCGCUGAUGCUCCUCACUGUGCUGGUGGCAUACGUCAUUCUCCAGGCACAGAAGCACCCAACUUACCCUUCCUGGAACCCUUUUUAUUCUGAGUUCCCUAAAACGGAGACAAAGCCUUACCCAGACUGGGUGUUUGCCAUCAUAGUGCUCCUCUCCUCCGUGCCUGUGGUUUCCAUUCCAUUGGUGGCGCUCUACAAAGUCAUAUGCUGGGGAGUCAGGAGGCAUUCCAAAAAAAGGGAACUAAGCCCAUAUGACAACCACGGCUUCGACAGUGACUUACAGGAAUACAAGCGGCAAGGUGUUUAGAGACACAAACUCAUUUGGACAGUUCCUCUGAUUUUCAUGACUGUAGUUUUAUAAUUGAAUACUUCUUUUAUACACAUCCAAAUAACAGACCAAAAGGCAAAAUCUUUCAUGGACACAGGUAUGUACAAGCACAGUGUGAGAAAAGAGUCAAGAGAUGAUUGUGAUUCUGAGAUCCGACUUCAGCUAAGUACGAGGUGGUGGCGCUGGCACUUUUUUCACGGAAAAGUACUGCAAAGUGUAAAUCAAAGUCCAAACAACCAUGAGCGUCUUUCGUGGACACUUUUCCGCCAUCUUCAUUCCUCCUGCAGCUAGAGUUAUUGUUUUAUAAGUGAUUCAUAUUUUCGGAGCUGAUAAGAAGGUAAUUGUUUUGUUUUGAAACACAGCCAAACAACCCUUAUCCACUGAAACCACAAGAUGAUGUGAAGGAAUCCAAGUAGAAGAGUAAGUUUAAAGAGUACUCCGUAAAGGGUGAUUCCAUACCAAUUCCUGUCUGCUGCUGUGGUCCUUUCGUUCUAAACACGUUGGUGCCAGUCUAAAACAAGCAGGCCAAAAAGUCCACUGGGGUCUUGGACUGAGUCACCUGUCUGACUAUGGCCACCCUUAGAUCUCCAAGACGCUGCUCCAGGCUGCGCUUCCCUGUCAGGGUCAAUGACAACACAAGUUACAGAUUGAAAAAAAAAAAAGGCUAAAAUGACUCUUGUAAAAUGAAAAAUGCAGUCAAUGGCUCCUCUGCCGAUUUAUGGGUUUGUCCUAGUGGUUCACCUUUACAACAUGCACACAGUUAAGUCGCUUUAUGCUUCCAAUUUUGAAGAGUGACAUAAUGUCUGUAACUGCACAGUUUCUAAUGACUUUGGUUUGCAUUGAAUCUGGGGCUUUGUUCUGCACAAAUAAAGGUAUAAAUACAUGUGUACGUGUAGAAUACAUGUUUCAUGUGCUCAAUCCAGAACCUUGCCUACGUGCCACAACCAGAUUCCAGGAUGUUUCAUUUACUUUAGACAGAACCUCCAUGGAGGACAGACACGCAAUCCAGACAAUUCCUGUGGACCUUGAGCGAGAACAUCAACAAGACCGAUUACUUAAUGAAGCGUCAGAACAUGACAUAAAGAAAGGGUCACCCACAUGACAUGAA